AUGGGCAUGAUCGUCCAGCCCCUCAUUGGGCGAUUGUCCGACGGCCGUGGCGCUUCGGGCGGCUUCUUCUUCUGUCGGCGCUUCGGGCGGCGCCGGCCUUUCCUGGCGCUCGCCGGGGUGGCGCUGCUGCUGGCGCAGCUGAUGGUAGGAAACAGCGCGGACCUGGGGCAUUUGCUGGGGGACGGCCUGCACGAUGACCUGCGCAUACGGGCCGUGCUCAUCUUCACCUUGGGCUUUUGGAUGUUGGAUGCCUCGAACAAUGCGAUUUGGGUGGUGUCCAAGUCCCUCACCGCGGAUGUGGUGCCCGAGGCGCAGUGGCCGGAGGCUUUCAGCGUGAGCACGGCGGCCACGGGGCUGGGCCUGGCUUUGGGCUACCUGCUGGGGGGCGUGCACUGGGCUGCCAGGAUGCCGGGGCUGAAAACCACCGCCUGCAACGAUGCCGGAGGCUGCGCGGACCUCCGCUUCGCCUUCCUCUUGGCCUGCUGCGCCUGCGUGUUGGCCAACUUGUGCACUCUGGUGGUGGCAAAGGAGACGAUUCAGGAGGCUUGCGAAAACGGUUCAGGAGGUCCCGGAGACGUCCACACGCCCCUGAUUGAGGGCGAGCGGUCGUGCCUGUCAGUGCUCAAGGUGGUGGCCCAGAAGCAGGCGCUUUGCUGCACCUACAUGGUGACUCUGCUGGCCUGGCUGGGAUGGAUCUCCCUCCAGAUGUACCAGACGGAGUUCGUGGCCAAAGAGGUCUUCGGUGGGUCCCCGGACCCCCGGGCGCCCAGCAACAAGGAGUACGUGGAUGGGGUGCAGGCGGCUUCCCGAGCCUUGGUGGUGAACGCGGUGCUCAUGACGGCCACCACCUACCUCAUCCCCUCAGCCAUCCACGUCAUGGGGAAGGCCCGGCUGUGGUGCGCGGCCACGCUGCUCACGUCGCUGCUCAUGGCCUCAACCCUGCUGAUCCGCAAAAACCACGCCAAGUUGGGUGCGAGCUUCUGGUUGGCCAUGCUGGGGCCGGCGUACGGGGUGCAGCAGACCAUCCCCUUUAUCGUGGUCUCCGAAGAAGCGCCCAAGGACUUGUUGGGUGAGCUGAACGGGUACCUCAACGUGUCGCUCUGCAUCCCCCAGCUCUUGGUCUCGCUCUUCGGGGGGAGCCUCUCCGCUGCGGCUGGGUCCGACACCAUCCUCUUCGGCAUGGGGGCGAUUCUGGACCUCGUGGCCGCUGCGGUUUGCGUGACGUACCUCCGCUGA